AUGUCAGGUCGUCUCCAGGGCAAAACAGCCAUCGUCACUGGCGGUGCAUCAGGCUUCGGCAAAGGCAUCGCCGCCAAAUUUGUCUCUGAGGGCGCCAACGUCAUCAUAACCGACCUCUCCUCCGAAGCAGGCGAAGCCGUCGCCUCUGAGCUGAAGUGCCACUUCCUCCGCGCAGACGUGACUAAGCCCGACGACUGGCGUGCCGUUUUGUCUCUUGCGCUUGAGAGGUUCAAGCAGCUUGAUAUCGUCAUCAACAAUGCUGGCGCAACAUAUGCCAACAAGCCGACUGAGGAUGUCACCGAGGCCGACUUUGAUCUGGUUAUGAAUGUUAACGUCAAGAGUGUGUACCACUCAACAAACAUUCUGGUACCUUACUUUUUGAAGGAGAAGAGGCCUGGGUGCUUUAUUCAGGUUGCUUCAACGGCGGGAAGUCGUCCCAGGCCCAAGUUGACCUGGUACAAUGCCUCCAAGGCCGCUGUCAUCAACGCCACCAAGACGAUGGCCGUCGAAUAUGGGCCUCACCAGGUUCGCUUCAACUCUGUGUCUCCAGUGGUUGGGAGCACCGGAAUGACCCAUCUCUUCAUUGGCAAGCCCGAUACCGAGGAGAACAGAAAGGGUUUUGUGUCUACGAUUCCCCUGGGGCGACCAUCGACGCCUGGUGACAUCGCCAACGCUUGCUGUUAUUUGGCCAGUGAAGAAGCAAACUUCAUCACUGGUGUUGAUCUCGAGGUUGACGGAGGACGUUGUGUGUGA